CGACGUCUUUCACCCGUACUUCUCAUACAGCGAGAUUCCCCCGAUGCGCGGUGUUGAGCAUUCUAUACAGCUCGUGCCUGACUAUCGUGUUCACCAUCAGGCACCGUACCGACUUUCGAUUCCAGAGGCGACGGAACUCAAGCGUCAGCUUAAGGAGCUCCUUCGACUGGGUUUCAUUAAACCCAGUAACUCCCCUUGGGGUGCACCUGUCCUGUUUGCUCGCAAAGGAGACGGAACUCUUCGCCUCUGCAUCGACUACCGUGGCCUUAACCGUUACACGGUUAAGAACAACUAUCCCAUGCCUCGCGCGGAUGAGUUGUUUGACCGUCUGGCAGGCAACCGCUUCUUCACGAAGAUCGAUCUUCGUAGCGGUUACCACCAGAUCCGCGUUGCCACAGAGGAUCAAUCGAAGACCGCCUUUCGGUCGCGCUUCGGCCACUACGAGUUCACAGUGAUGCCAUUCGGCCUCACCAAUGUCCCCGCCACCUUCCAGACGGCGAUGAACGACAUUUUGAGGGACAUCCUUGAAGAAUACGUUCUCGUAUAUCUGGAUGACAUUUUGGUCUACAGCCGUACCUUAGAAGACCAUCUCAGACACCUCCGCGAUGCCCUACAACGCUUACGUAAGCAUGGCUUCUAUGCCAAGCUCAGUAAGUGCCGCUUUGCCCAGCGCAAAGUGGACUUCCUAGGAUACCAUGUGUCUGACCAGGGUCUCCACAUGGACGAUGCGAAGAUCACUGUUAUUGCAGAGUGGCCCAUCCCCGCAUCUGCCAAGCAGCUUCGCAGUUUCCUAGGCCUCACCGGCUACUAUAGUAAUUUUAUCCAGGGAUACGCUAGGUACUCCAUCAUCAACUCUUCUUCAGGAUGUCAGCGUUUUGCGGCUCUGCUUCAACAUCGACUCGAUUGCUACUUCAUCGACGUCAUCGACCACUUCGACGACUUCAACUACCUUAUCGGCUUCAGCUACUUUGGACGUGACUACUUCACGCCACCCCUUACCCUGUACAUUCCCUUGCAUUUGUCGCAUGAUGGUUCUCACUUAGCUGGGUCUCUUUGAGUUGGGCUCUCCCUUGGUAUCGCAUAGGCAUUGGGACCGUAGCGUUAUCUUGGUUU